AGGAGUAAGGGAGCGGAAAGAGGAGCAAGAAGAGAGGAUUUGGUGAACCGAGGAGAGACAGACAGGGGAGAGGGACCAUGGCUGCUCUCUCUGCCUUGCUGAAGACCUGGGUUAUACUGCAGACCUUGUGCCUGGCUCUGGCCCAAGUGAGGGGUCCACCUGGACCUCAGGGCCAGCCCGGCCUACCAGGCCCUUCUGGCACUCCUGGAUCGGACGGCAUUGAUGGAGAGAAAGGACCUCCCGGGCCCCCUGGUCCACCAGGACUUAAGGGAGAGCCAGGAGAACCAGGCCCCGAUGGUGUGCCAGGAGAGAACGGCAUUGAUGGUUUGAUUGGAGCAAAGGGUGACCGAGGUCCUUUUGGGAGCCCUGGCCCUAAGGGACAACCUGGACCAAGUGGCGAGCCCGGCCCUCCUGGAUCCGGCCUUCAAGGACUGGCUGGUGCUCCAGGGCCAAUCGGUCUUCCAGGUGAAAUUGGACCAACUGGACCAAAGGGCAUCAUUGGACCAUCUGGACCUCCAGGACUUCCUGGACCUCCUGGCAAGCCAGGUCCUCCAGGGAAAUUCAUUGGUGGGGAAGAGGGCAGUGCAGACUUCCAGUGUCCUCUUAACUGUCCAGCAGGACCAAAAGGCCCACAGGGACUGCAGGGAGUCAAGGGACACAAAGGACGUGCUGGUGUUCUCGGAGAGCCUGGCAGCAUAGGAAAACUGGGCCUCAAGGGAGAAGUGGGCAUCUCUGGGGAACAGGGCAUCCCAGGACCUCCGGGUCCGAUGGGCCUGAGGGGUUAUCCUGGAAUGAUGGGUCCUAAAGGAGAGGCAGGUCCUAGUGGUUACAAGGGCAUCAACGGACCUGUAGGAAUUCCUGGGCCUCCCGGUGAGGAGGGACCUCAGGGACCACCUGGAGAAGCAGGAGACAAGGGAGACAAAGGCAGCAGAGGUAUCCAAGGCCCACAGGGUGCGGUUGGCAAAAAGGGAGAAAAUGGUCUGCCGGGUAUUGAUGGAAAAGAUGGCACACCUGGUAUUCCUGGAAUCAAGGGCAGCCCCGGCCAGGCUGGGAUGCCUGGUUCCCCUGGUCCUCAGGGAACAGCUGGAUUGCCUGGCAGUCCUGGGGCUAAAGGUGGACCUGGGGCUAAGGGCGAGCCUGGACCUAGAGGUCACGUUGGCAUGCCUGGGGCCCCUGGACCUCUGGGUGAACCUGGUCUUCCUGGUGAGGCUGGUAUGGAAGGAGUCCCUGGACCCAAGGGUGACAGAGGACAGCGGGGAGAAGUUGGGCCACAGGGAAUAGUCGGCAAGCCUGGAGGCAAAGGAGAGAGAGGGCCCAUUGGUAUCCCAGGUGCCCAGGGCCUUAGUGGAACCAAGGGAGACAAGGGCUUCCAAGGCAAAGUCGGGUCAAAGGGAGAUGUCGGUGACCCUGGUGUUGAGGGAUUGGCUGGCGAGAAAGGUGAAAAGGGUUUGUCUGGUGAACCCGGGCCCAAAGGACAGCAAGGAAUUAGGGGUGACACUGGACACAAUGGACCCACUGGAGACCCUGGUAAACCAGGAGACCAAGGACCAUCAGGGCUGCCUGGUCCUAGGGGACUCAAUGGAGAGCGAGGAGUACCCGGCAUGCCGGGCAUUCAGGGUUCAUCAGGACGUGAUGCAUCCGACCAGCAUAUCAUCGAAGUGGUGUUGAAGAUGUUGCAGGAGAGGCUAGCAGCAGUGGCGGUGAGCGCCAAGAGGGCUGUGCUCGGUGGUGCAGGUGUAAUGGGACCUCCCGGGCCUCCUGGACCUCCAGGAUCACCUGGCCCCCAGGGGCCUCAUGGCUUACCUGGUGCCCGUGGCAUUCCUGGCAUCAUUGGAGCACCAGGACAGAUUGGAAACACCGGCCUUAAAGGAAAGAGAGGGGCAAAGGGAGAUAGAGGAGAUCCUGGUAAACCUCACCCAGGACCACCAGGACCCCCAGGAAUACAAGGUCCUCCUGGUGUAGAUGGUGUGGCCCGGGAUGGCAGGCCCGGAGAGAGAGGACCUCAGGGAUCAGCCGGAGAGGCCGGUCGCCCCGGUAAGGCCGGUGCACCGGGUCUGCCAGGCUUCUGCGAGGCAGCAAUGUGUCUGGCCGCAUCAGCAUACACCUCUCCGAGACUACAGGAAGCGGGAACGAUCAAAGGACCCAAUGUCUAGAGACCUGUCUCUCCAUCAGCAGCUCACAACACCUGGGAGAGAGGAAGAGAGAAAGAGAAGGAAGGAGAGAGACCACUCUUCUCAGUCGGACAACAUCAAGAACGA